GCAAAUCUUCUGCGAACGACACUACCUGGAGAAGAUUCGCCCCAGAUGCGCAGCUUGUGAUGAGCUUAUCUUUGCACCUGAAUACUUAAGAGAACUCUCUCAGAACUGGCACAUGGAUCACUUUGUCUGCACCGCCUGCAGCGCCCCACUGGCGGGCACUAAAUACGUCCUCCACGAGGACCGGCCGCACUGUGUAACCUGUUUUGAGCAGCAGCACUCCAAUGUCUGCGAUGAGUGCCAGAAACCGAUUGGCAUCAACUGUAAGGACCUGUCGUACAAGGAGCGCCACUGGCAUGAGAGCUGCUUUGUGUGUCGCGAGUGCAAGAAGUCCCUGCUCCAGCAGCCUUUCGGUUCGAAGCACGAGCAGAUCUACUGCGGCGACUGCUACGACAAUCUCUUCGGCACUCGCUGCGACGCCUGCAGCGAGGUUUUCAAGCCGGGCCAGCGCAAGCUGGAGUACAAGGGCAAACAGUGGCACGAGACCUGCUUCCUCUGCAGCAAGUGCCUGGUCCCCAUUGGCACAAAGAGCUUCGUGCCGAAGGGCGAGGAGAUCUACUGCAGCGAGUGCUAUGAAGUUAAGUUCGCCACUCGAUGCGUCAAGUGCUGCGAGGUGAUAAUUGAAAACGGCGUCAUGUUCAAAGAUGAGCCGUGGCACAAGACGUGUUUCACCUGCAAUGAGUGCAAGAUUGAACUGGCUGGCACCUCCUUCCUGGUUCGCGAUGAGAAGGCCUACUGUCGUGAGUGCUUUGGCGAAAAGUUCUCACACAAGUGCACCGUCUGCACUAAACCAAUUAUUGGCCAGCAAACGACGCGUUUCAUCAGUUUUGAGGAGCUGUACUGGCACACUGAAUGCUUUGUGUGCGUCGACUGCAAGACUCGUCUGGAGGGCCGUGGCUUCAUUCGCGACGGUCCUGACAUUAUCUGCGGCGAUUGUGCCAAGAUUAAGUUGUCGGCGGAGAUUGAGGCUUAA